GGAGGGAAGGUCAAUGCAGAAUCAGUCUACAGAACAUCAAUACUACAUUUUAACAAUGUUUAACCAACUUGCAUCAAUCUGUGAGUUACGGAGAAUGCACAGUAUUAAUAUGUAGCCCGUGGGAUGAUGGGAGGGGUUCUGAUGAGCUCCCGGGGGACCCCCUGCAUGGCUGGUCAUACGUCACGUCACGCCCUCAGCAGGUCUCUGAUGGAGGCGUCAUUUGUACUUUUCACCCAGGCCGAGGCGAGGAGGAUCCCCGCCGACCUUCUCCAGGAGAUGAUGAACCUGGGCUCAGAGACCCCAGCGGGACGUUCCAGAAGGAGGUGGUCCGUGAAGAGGACCUCCCCAUGGGCGUCCAUGCCGAUGCCUGUGUUUGGACCAGUGGACACGGAGGACUUCCUGAGUGCAGCCAUUCAGGGCAGACAGCCGGUGGUGGAGAAGUACCUGAGCGACGACGGGAACCCCAACGCAUGCGACAGGCUGGGGAGGACCGCCCUGCAUCGAGCCUCCAUGGGGGGGCACCUCGCGGUGGUCUGCAGUCUCCUGGACCGAGGGGCGGACGUCCAGAGCACGGACCGGCUGGGUUCGCGGCCCGUCCACUGGGCCUGCCGCGGGGGCCGGGUGGAGGUCAUCAGGGCUCUGACGGAGCGCGGGGGAGACCUGGACGCCCGGGACAAGUUGCACAGCACUCCUCUGCACGUGGCCACCAGGACGGGCCAUGGCGACAUCGUGGAGUACCUGCUCUCCUGCGGUGUCAGAGUCAACUGCAGGGACCGGGAGGGGGACACUGCCCUGCAUGACGCAGUGCGUCUUCAUAGAGGCGCCAUCGUGAAGCUGCUCAUCGCUGCUGGGGCUGACACCCAGAUCAGGAACCAUGAGGGCCUGACAGCGUUGGAGCAGGUGAAGCAGUGGCACUCGGACACCAUGGAGAUCCGGCAGAGAGUGGAGCAGCUGAGAGAGGCGGGCCAACAGGCUUCUGACGGCAGGGAGGCAGGAGAGCACUGAGCAGCGCUGUGUGGACGUACUCCCUGGAGGAGCUCCAUGCUACAGAUCAGCCCCCUACAACGUCAAACACCAGGGAGACCUUUUGCAACGCUUUUUCAGGGUGUGGGUGGUCCUUUAGG